GUGUUUAAGGGGAGCAGCAGCAGGGUGUUUCUCUUUAAACUCUGCGGCAUCUGCCUCACUGUAUGCGGGCCUGCUGUGGUGGUGGAGGGCGGGCCGUGAACAGCUCGGACAGUAACACUGAUGCAGAUCUUCCUCUAACCAGGUUUGCAGUGAUUGAAUUUGGGAACGUCACGCAGCAGCAGCAGCAGCAGCAGAGCCUGCACAUGUCUGCUCAUGUGUGUGGAAACUGACCUCGGCUAAACUCCGCGCACUUUGGAAGCAUUCUGCAGAGGUAUUUUAUUUGCGCAGAACGGAAACUCUGGCGCAGCGCGGAUUUUUUUUUGUUUUUUGGGGGAAUGAUCAAGUGACAACGACAGCGAAGCCACAUCUGCUUAGAGGAGACGUUUACGACACGCGGCGCCACAAUGAUGUCGUUAAUAGACCUGGAUGAUGAUCAGCGGUGGGUGCCCACGCACGUAAAUGUCACCGUCCUCCGCGCCAGAGGACUGCGCACCAAGGGCAAACACGGCAGCCGCUACCUCUACACCAUCAUGCAGGUGGCGAAGGAGAAGUUCACCACCGGGCUCGUGGAGAAGGCGGCGGUGCCACAGUGGAACGAGGAGUGCUGCUUCGAGCUGCUGCCCGGGAUCCUGGAGGAGGGAGGCCGGGGCGACUACCCACCGGGGAGCGGGGACCUGGUCCUCACGGUCAUGCACCGGGUGCUGAUCGGACUGGACGUGUUUCUCGGUCAAACCAUCAUCCCACUCGAUAGGAUAUUCCAGGAGGGCGCGUGUCCAAGAGACGAAUGGUUCAAGCUCAACUCCAAGGCAGGACGGAAGGAGAAGGAGCGCGGUGAACUCCAGGUGACGGUCCAGUUCACUCGCAACAACAUGACGGCCAGCAUGUUCGACCUCACCAUGAAGGACAAGCCCCGCUCUGCUUUUGGGAAGCUCAAGGAUCGAGUCACGGGGAGGAAGAGGGGCGACGUGGAGUCCUCGUCGGCCAUCGUGCCGGGCCGAUACGCCGCCCUGUCAGGAUCCGUGGGGCAGCCGUUUGGAGACGAGGGCGGAGGAGCGACGGAGCCGCAAGACGUGGAGGUACCAGAGGAGAAGAGGAGCAAGGUGAAGGAUUUCUUCAAGGGGAAGCUGCGCAAGUCGUCCGACACCAGGUCAUGCUCGUCACUUGCUUCAGAUAGUAGUAUGUCUUCCGUGGCCAGUGAUAACCCCGGCCCUCCGCCCAGUCUGGAUCUGCUCUCUGACCCUCCCAGCUCCCCCAUCUACACUAGCAAAGUGAGAGUGGACACCCACUAUGGAGAGGCAGACCUCGCUAAAAAAGUGCUCACCAGCCAGCACACCACAAAGGUUCUCACCCACAAGCGAGCCUUGAGCGAUGAAGCCAGCAAGAUCACGACAGCGCUCCCUCGGACAAAUCCAGCAGUGGAGUCCCUCAAGGGUCAGACCAUGACUCAGUCCAAGUCGUCCUUGUGUAUCAACGGAAGCCACGUCUACGACUCUGAGCUGUCGACUCCAAAGAGCUCGGGUACUCUCCCGUCCAAGCUGGUCCUGCUGGAGAAGUGCUCGCCGCUCUCGCGUUCCCUGCAGAACCUCACCAAGAGAAGUGAGGACAAAGGUUCCUUCUCCGAGGGCCGCCGCUGGUCCUUUGAUAAGACAAGGAAAGAGGAGAAGGAGGAAGAAAAGGCAGCCGCGGCGUCGUUUCCUCAGCAAUCUCAAACAGAGGGUUGCCCCAUGCAGACCACAAUGCCGAUCGUCUCCUCUGCCAUUGGUUCACCUGAAAAGGGGAGAAAGCUAAGAAAGACUUUAUUCUCUGGAGGGAGGAGUGAGUCGCUACCUGCAAAGUCAGACCUGAACCAGGCUGCCUACACAUCUGAGGGGAGGCUCAGAGGGUGGUUUGGCUCCAGUGACUCCCAGAACAAGCCAAGGCUGGAAGUAGAAAGCAGCUCAGAUGUACCCCCUCACUCCCUUAUUCUCCCCCCUCAGUGCUCCUCUCCCUCUGGUCAUGUCUCACCUGAUGACUGCAGUCAGUCUCAUCCCUUCACUCCCUCCAACUCUCCUUCCUCAAAUCCCAUCUCCCCCUCCAAUCCUUUCCUCCCACACAUACAGCGCAACCCCUUCUUUGAGGAGCUCAUAGCGGAAGAGUCACAGAGGUCCCCUACCUUUGCCCCCUGCUCCUCUUCUGGCUCAUCCCCCUUCCAUUACACCACCCUGCCCUCUGAGCCUCACACGCCCAGCCUUUCUCUAGCUAAGAAUGCUACAAAUAUUGCUUCUAUCAAGCGGGAGCGCCCCAGGCCAGUAGCCAGACAGAUAUCUCUCCCUGCGUUAUUACCUAAAGUACCUGCAUCCAACUCCCCGAACCACACAGCCCAUCGAUCCAUGUCAGAAAGUGCAAGAGAGUGGGACGACUUUUUUGACGCUUUUGCCUCAAGCAGACUCAAUACACCGAAAGGGAAUCUUCCUCAAAAAAGACUGAGAACUAGUCCAACAUCAUCUCAUGGAUGUAGUUAUCCACUUAAUACAGUAAAUCACACGCAAAAGCUUCAAACACAUGAAGGGCAGCCUCCCCCUUUACCUCCAAGGAGGUUGUUAAGAACUUCGGUGAAUGAGAUUUACUCCGACGGGUGGCUGCACAGAGGUCAGGAGCUGGCCGUCCAUAAAGAAGCCUACCUCCUCUCACAGACCGGCGUGGCCUCACUACAACACGGAAGAAACAGUGUCUCUCCAGACCUUCAAGCGCACAGUGAGACCUCGGACUCCCUCAGUCUUCCCCCCGAACAGCAAACAAACGUCACAACACCAGGAUUCACCUCUGAAGAAAAGCUCAAAAAGUUCAAAUAUGAACCUUUAGAAGAUGAAGCUGACCGCUGGGGAGGGAUGCUGUUUGAGCAGGAUUUGUAUGGACGCUUGUGCAGAGUAAACUAUGGAAAACCUGUAGAAAACAAUCAUCUUUUGUCAUUAAACACAAAGGAAAUUCCCGGAAAUAACAUUGCAUUAAAGAACUCCACAAACAAAUUGCUACUUGAUAGUGAGAACUCUGUUCAAGACAUUUUGAACAUGUCUACUACUACUUCCACUUCCCCUAACCCAGAGAUAAAGGCACUAGAUGGUACUUCUGGUCCAGUAGAAGUGGCAGUUGAGUCUAAUCCAAAUGAAACCACAUGUAUCAACAAUAACGUGUCUUUCUCAUUAGCGUUAGGAGACCUGAACAUGAAUGUGAAUAACUUGGACUUUGGAUUUAUUGAUUCGGACGGCUCCUCUCAGUCCGAGGUACAGGAUACUCUGAGAAGCAUUGUCAGUUUGGAUGGGAAUUCCUCACAACCAACAGACGACUCACUGACAGCUGUUCGCCACAAGGAGACCACACCUGAGGACAUGUUCACGUUAAAGGACACCUACAUACCAGAGAUGAACUCCUCUUUUGAAAUAACCGCUGCUACGCGGAAACUGUGCAGAGUGUCUCCGGUUUGCCAAGGCAAUUGCCAAGAAUGUCAACACGAGCUUACUACGUUUGCACCACGGGGUCACUCCAGGGUAAACGGCAGUGAGAUUGCUGAAUCAUCAUCUCUAAAUCAAAUGUCUAACUCAUCGAGCUUUAAAACAGAACCUAGUGAAGAUACAAUGGCGGGCAACGAUGGUUUUAACAAGACACAAAGAGACACUGAUGAUAACGGCAACCCACAAGCUAAGCGAGCCACAGAGUCAUUUUCCGGGGUGGUGAGCGCACGUUUUAGACCUAAAGGCCUGUCCAGACAGAACAGCGGCGGCAGCCCAAGCAGCCAGAGCAAAAGUGGAGACAAAGAGUUUGAGCAGCUUUUGUCCCUCAUUCAAAACUUCUCAGAAGUCUGCGAGGGGCCGAUGUCAUAUCAGCCCACCAAAUCGUCCGUGCUGCCGCUAGAUAAACACACAGAUGUGCACGUCGUCAUAGACAGAACCAAAACAACGUCUUUAAAAGAUGACAUGUCUCGCCUCACAAAGUUCUGUUUAACGGGAAAACCCUCUGCGAUCAGCUUUCAAGACCUCCAUGACAAAGUAGCGCCAGACUCAAGAAGCCCUUCUAAGUCAAAGAUUGGACAAUCUUUGCAAGCGCCUGAGUCCUGCUCUCCCUCCAUCCCCUCCACACUCUCCCUGACCACUGAUGCUCAGGCUAAACUCCACCCUCCCCCUGUCUGUUGCCCCUCCAUUAAUCUCUCAAACACGACGCCCCAUGUUGGAGCCAGCACUACACUGGUUGUGGCCCCCUACACCUCCUGCACCUCCUUCUCCACCACCUCCACCACUGACCAGCCCCUGGUCGAUGCAAGGCACUCACUUUUGCCUGAGGAGACACAACCAGCUAACAACCUGCCCCAUCAGGAGAGCAGAACUCAUCCUGUGAAGCCACUGACCUCCAGCCAAUCGGAGAAGAAGGAGGGCCGCUCGGUUCUGGAGAAGCUCAAGUCCACGAUCCACCCGGGACGUGCCGCUGCACACCAGGCCGUAGCUGAAGCUGAGAAGAGUCAGGAGGCGACUGUGGACAACUCUGCUCAGUACCAGCACCUGACCAACAUGGAGCUGAUCUCCCUGCUGCUGCAGCAGGAGAUGGACAUGCAGAAGCAGCAAGCGGCCUCCCACCAGCAGGGGGCGAAGCUGGAAAAAUGUGAGAGCGAGCUGAAAAAGGUCAAGGCACAGGUCCGAGACCUGGAGGACUACAUCGAUAACCUUUUACUGCGCAUCAUGGAGCAGACGCCGACGUUGCUUCAAGUGCGAACCAGACACAAGUGACGGCAGACGUGUGAGGUUUACUGCACAUGAUGUGUGAUUGAAGACUGUUUCCUCUCUGUGGGGCAUCAAAACACACAGGGUUAUUAGUGAAGACUGAUAAACACUGUUACAGUCAAACAAAUGCUCCACAAGUCAUCCAGGUCUUCUUCUCACUGCUAAUACUGCCCUGUUGAUGUAGACAAUAUUACCCAACAUGCAUGGACUUUCUAUUUGGCACGUACAAACACACACACACACACACAAGAGCUUCAAUUAAAGUGAUUGAACAUAAUUCUUUUACCGACGCUUACUAAUAUGAUUUCAGGUAAUCGGCUUUUUCAGUUUAAACUCACUGCUUCAACACACCAGAGGAAACUGUUGUUUUUGGAAGUGCAUCAGAUGAUGCUCUUCAGGGAUUCAAAUACGUCUGCUGGCAAGAAUACGAUGUUAGUUCAAGUUAAAAAUAAAAGCAGAGAAGCAAGAUUUUCAACUCAAAUAGUGCACAAAGGUUAACUUGACCUCAUUACAUAUUCAGUAUAUUUAGGAAAAUGCUUAAAUAAUGUGAAUACUAUAAAGAGAGAUGUUUCUGCAUUAACAUCGCUGUAUGAUAAGCAAAAAAAAGAGGAUGGAGAGUUGGUUUUUUUCAUUAUUAUCAUUAUUUUCUCAGCUCCUUAACUUCCUGAUUGUUGUAACAUUAAAACCCGAGAGAAUGUUUUUAAUAUAUAUUUUCGUUCCAUCCCGUGUUUCUGUUCUACGCAGCAUUUUACUGUAGAAACAAUCCGUGCCGUAAAAUAAGAAUAUAACUUAUUUCUAUCAAAAAUACUUUUGUCAUGAUAAUAUAUUCUCUUCUAAUACCACUCCAGUACCACUGUAGCUACCCGCAAUGCUUUAGAUGACCGCAGUACUGUACUGUUAUAAAAAAAUAAAAAAUAAAGUACACAUGGUUCAAUGCA